AUGCGCAUACACACCACGAUCCCCCACGAUGCCACGAGCAUAGAGACCACGACUGCCCUCAAGGCCCUCCUCGCCAUCUCCCCCGCCAUCACAACCACCCCCUUCGACCCCGAACCCGCACCCCUCACAACCCCCCUCCGCCGCGCCCUCGCCACCGCCCUCGCCGCCCUGCCCCCCAGCACCCUCGCCUCCCUCCCCCCAAUCCCCGCCCUCAUAUCCUCCUUCCCUCGCACAUACACCCUCUACCCACCCCUCCUCCUCCUCCCCGCGCUCCCACCCCCCUGGUCCGCCCUCCUCACCACCCACACCUCCCCCCUAACGCCCCUGUGGACCCACCUCGCCACCGCCCUGCACUGCACCCACAUCGCCCUCAACGCGCCGAUACCCGCCUCGCACGCGCCGCACUCAGUCCACGCGCGCGACGCACACAACCUGCUGCGCAGCCCUGCGCACCUGGUGCCCGUGCACGGGGACUUUGGGCCGGGUGUUACGGCGGCGCGGUUGUUGGAGCCGUCGGGGCGGGAUUUUGAAGAGGCGUUUUGGGUGCAAGUGGUGCAGAGGGGGGUCGUGCAGGUUUGGGCGCCGAGGUGGACGAUGUUUAGUCGCGGGAAUGUGGGGGAGAAGGGGAGGGUUUUGGGGACACCCGACACCAACGCAGCCCCCGCAGCCGUCGCCCCACCACCCCCCGUCUCCGCAGCAGUCGACCUCUACGCCGGCAUCGGCUACUUCGCCUUCUCGUACCGGCGCGCCAUCGCCCCACUGGUCCUCGGCUGGGAGAUCAACCCGUGGUCCAUCGAGGCCCUGCGCCGCGGCGCCGCGGCAAACAACUGGCGCGUAUGGACGGCCUGGGCGGAGGACGUCUGGCCCACGACGACGACGACGACGACCCCCACCCCACCAGCCCACGAUUUCUGGCUCUUCGCCGCCCCCAACGAAACCGCACCCGCGAUCCUCAGCGCGCUGGGCCCCCGCCUCGCCGUGCGGCACGUGAACCUCGGGCUGCUCCCUUUAUCACGGGCUAGCUGGCCCGCGGCGGUCGGGGCGCUGAACGCGCGUGAGGGCGGGUGGGUGCAUGCGCACGAGAACGUGGGGGAGGGGGAGAUGGGGCCGCGGCGGGGGGAGGUGGAGGGCGUGUUUCAGCGGCUGGUGGAUGGGCGGUGGGGGGGCGGGAGGCGGGUAAGGGUUGUGCAUGUGCAGCGGGUGAAGAUGUAUGCGCCGGGGGUGGUGCAUGCGGUGUUUGAUGUGUGGGUGCCGGGGGCAGGUGUAGGUGAGGAAGAGGUCAGGGGUGGGGUGGAGUCGGGGUGCAAUGGAGUCAAGGAACGUCGUCAGAACUAG